ACAGUACUUUUUUCACCAUUAUUAUUUUCAGUAGUAUAUGAUUGUAGAAAGCAAAUACUCUAGCAAAUAGCAAUGGAGUCCUCUAACACAAGCAUCCCACUAAAAAGAGAGGAGGACCCAAAACACCUUAAAGAAAGCCUACCAAAUGAGCUAUGGUUUGAUGGAAAACCCAUUUACCUAUAUCAAGGAUUUUGGGCAUCUAGGUUUGAUUUCAUCUAUUCCUUUCUAAACAACUUUGAAGCUCAAGAUAAUGAUAUCUUCACAACCAGCUUCAGGAAAGUUGGUACAACUUGGCUCAAAGCCCUUGUUUUCGCCAUUCGCAAUCGCGAAAACUACGAACCUUCAGACCAUCCUUUACUCAACCAUAAUCCCCAUGAAUUAGUCCCUCAAUUAGAGUCCAAUAUUUAUGCAAAAUCAACGUCCCCGGAUUUUAGCAACUUUAAAUCUCCUAGGAUGUUUGGUACCCAUGUACCAUUUUCAGCAUUACCAAGUUCAAUGAAAGACUCAAAAUGCAAGAUCAUUUAUAUCUUUAGAAACCCACUUGAUGCUUUUGUAUCUUCUUGGUUGUUUUAUCAACAUGUAGAUGGUUAUAAACCAAAUAUGAAGACUGACAUGUUAGACCUAUAUUUUGACAUGUUUUGUCUAGGGAAAGUUCCAUUUGGGCCUUUCCCGGAGCAUGCUUUGGGGUAUUGGAAGGCGAGCCUCGAAAGACCGGAGAAGGUGUUGUUUAUUAAGUACGAGGAUUUACAGGCAGAUCCUAGACCUGUAUUGAAAACAAUGGCAGUUUUUUUAGGAUGUCCUUUUACAGAUGAAGAAGAAGUAGGAGGUGUGAUUGAUGAUAUUGUUAAGUUAUGCAGUAUUCGGAAGCUGAAAGAAGCUGUGAGUACUAGUGAUCAAGUGUAUCCUGUGAUUUCGAAUGAGAAGUUCUUCCGUAAAGGGAUAGUAGGAGAUUGGAUUAAUUAUCUUACUCCAUCUAUGGCGGGUAAACUUGAGAAGAUUAUGGAAGAAAAAUUUGGAGGUUCAGGUUUAAACUUCUCAUAAUAAGCUAGAAUACUAGUCAUUAUGUAGUCAUUACUUUCUUUGGUUUACUUGAAUUAUUGUGCUUGUUAUUUGCUAUAUUGCUGGAAUAAAUCUGUAGAACCUCUUGUUAAGGGUCCGUUCGGUAUUGCUGGAAUAAAUCUGUAAAACCUCUUGCUAAGGAGUCGUUCUGUAUUGCUGGAGUAAUUAUGUAUAACCUCUUGUUAAGGGUCCGUUUGAUAUUGCUGGAAUAAAUCUGUAGAACCUCUUGUUAAGGGGUUCGUUCGGUAUUGCUGGAAUAAAUUUGUAGAUCUCUUGUUAAGCUGUUUGUUGUGUGUAAUUGUAUCCUUUUUUUCAAUUGUACAAUUCUCUAAUUUGAAAGUUUUAUAUUAAUGGUUGCGCUACAUAUA